AUGUCUCGAAACAUAAGAAGAAAAGGCGGUCGAACAGCGCGAAUUCGAAAAACGAAAGAUACAAUUGAUGAGGAUGAUGGCGGUGGUGUGGAAGCAACGGAAAAAAAAGUCGAUCCAAUAAUGGGGCCAGCGGAACGAGCCGUUCGCAAACUGAUCACCUGGAUAAAAGCAACGCAAUCUACACCAGGUGGAUUAUUUGAAUGGUUCACUAAGAAUGUUGAGAAACCAUCAGGAGAUAACUCGCAAGCAAAUUCGGCGUAUCGCAUUAAAAAUCGCAAUCCCGACGUGCCAUGUGUCGAAGAAACCCGUGUCAAACUCAAAGAAAUUACCGAUCCUACAAAAGAUUAUAUUCAUGCAAACUAUAUCAGAACACCUCCAAGUGAAAGAGUUUAUAUUGCAACACAACACCCCUUAGAAUCGACAUAUGAGGACUUUUGGAGGAUGGUUUUCUACGAAAAUGUAGAUACGAUCGUUGCUAUAUUUUCAGCGGAUGAAAAUCUUCCGCUCUACUUCCCAAAUGAAGUGGGAAAAUUCAACAACCACGGCGCAUUUUUUGUAAAUUGUCGAAAAGUUGUGGCUCCGACUGCAAAACACACACCGUUCCAAUAUCAAAUCGAGGUUCUACCGGAAGGUUGCUCCAACAGUCGCAUUAUACUAAUUCUUCACUAUCCCUACUGGCCCAAGAAUCAAGUUCCGGCGAAUACUAGAGUUGUAAUGAAAACACUGCGAUUAAUCAAGGUAGAUAAAUCAUCCAAUGGUCCCGUUGUUGUACAUUGCGCGAGUGGAAUAAACCGAGCUGGUUGCUUAAUUUUUGCCGACAUUAUCAUCGAUUUAGUGUUUCGGAAUAUCGAGAUUGAUAUCCUUCAAUUAAUCAAGAAGACCCGAAUCCAGCGGGCACAGCUCGUCCAAAACAAACACUUGUUCGUCUAUUCGAUAUAUCUGUUCACCGAUUAUGUCAAAAUUCGAUGUAAACGCUACAAAAUUUUUCCCGACAUUCUCAAGGAUAUCGACGCAUUUCAAGAAGCCGUCAACAAAGAAUUCUCUCCUCUUCUUGCCAGGGAACCCGAUUCGGCUUUAACGAAACGGGGUGGAACGACAGUGGAAGAAUAA